UAUAUGCAUAUUCAUAAGCAUAAACUAAGGCGACACCUAAAACCGGCAGAGAGUAGGGAGAAUGUAAGAACCUUCGUGUUUUUGAGAGGCAUUCAACUGUGUGACACAAGCAAGGGUAGCGAUAACUGAAAAAUACAUACACACAUUUCUAACACCGUCGUUUGAUGCUUAAAUUUGUUGGCAUUCCACUUUUUUUCGUCGCAAUAUCCGGUUGAAUUCUGAACAAGACAGCGACUGUAAGAUACCCGCUACCCAUUUUGAAUAAAAGCAAAAUAUUACCACAAAAAUACCCAAUGUUAUAUUUGGUAUAUUCAUAUGGUACGAAUACAAAAGUAUUUCUUUAAGUGUUUUUUAUGGGGUCGGAGAUGUCUCCUUCUACCUGUUACAUUAAUUUCCAGCCGGUACAAAGUUAUAAUACCCUUCUACCCUCUGAGUAGCAGGUAUAAAUAUUUUGUCGGUAUAAGCGGUCGGUCGCUAAAAGCAGAAACGUACGAACCGGAUGCCUUUUCAUAUAUGUAUGUAUGUUUGUAUGGGGACCAACGAAGCCAUCGAGUUUUCGUCGCAAUAACCGGACGAACCGGAUUCUAGUAUACAGCGAAAUAAAUGUGUACGUUUCAUUCAGUUUAAGCUCGACUGUUGUGCAGUACACCCGCAAAAUGUCUUCAAAACGAAAGUGCUUCUCUGUUGAAAAAAAAAUGGAAAUUAUUUGUCGCUUGGAAGCCGGUGAGCGCAACGUUACUCUGGCAAAAGAAUACGGCGUCUGUCAUACAACAAUUGCCACAAUAAACAAAAAUAAAGAAAAAAUUAAAAAGUUAUUCAAUAAUAAUUUCUUAAAGACAAAACGCGUUAGAGCGUCAACUCAAGAUCAAGUCGAUAAAGCAUUGUUACAGUGGUACAUAAUGCAACGCAGUCAAGGAAUCACGUUAAGUGGUCCACAGCUGCAGGAAAAAGCGAAUUUUUUCGCUAAACAAUUUCAAAUUGAACAUUUUAAUUGUUCUGCAAGUUGGAUAAGCCGCUUUAAGGUCAGGCAUAAUAUCGGCGGUACAGUCAGUGAAGAAUCUUUGUCUGUACAAAAAAGCGAGUGGCUUACAAAGGUUUGGCCUAUACUACGUAAGGAUUUCAAUGAUGAGGACAUUUUUAGUGCCGCCGAAACUGGACUGUUCUACAAAUUAACUCCAGACAAAACACUACAAUUUAAAGGUGAAAAAUGCACUGAAGGAAAGCUGUCCAAGGAAAGGAUAACUCUGCUUGUUGCAGCCAAUAUGAGCGGUAAUCUUAAAAAACCUUUAUUGGUUAUUGGAAAAUCAAUGCAACCUAGAUGCUUUCAAAAUAUUCAGUAUUUGCCUGUUGACUACUACAGUAAUCGCCAGGCAUGGAUGACAUCUACAAUUUUUAUGAAUUGGGUACGGCAUUGGGAUGCUGAGCUUCAAACCCAGAACAAAAAGAUAUUGCUAUUAGUUGAUAAUUGUCCAAUCCAUCCCCAAAUUAGUGACCUAACGAAUAUCACUCUAGUUUUCCUUCCACCAAAUACGACAUCUGUAUUACAACCAAUGAAUCAAGGCAUAAUUCGAGUGAUUAAAUCAACUUUUCGGAAAAAUCUCGUACUUAAAAUAAUCAGCAAUAUGAAUGAAAACAAAGAUGAAAAUUACCCGAAAAUUACCAUCCUUGAUGCCAUUUUAAUGAUAAAUGAUGCAUGGCAACAACUUUCGGCGUUGACAAUUGCGAAUAGUUUUAAGCAUUCUGGACUUGCCGAAGAAAUUUUAGAUGGUCCCAGUAGCUCAUUCCCAAAUGAUAUUGAAAUCGAAGAUGACAUUCCUCUAUCGGUUUGGGCAGGAGCUCUACAAAAUCAGCUACCGAUUUUAAAGAAAGAACUGGAUGAAUAUGAUCAUAUUGACAAUGGUGUGGCGAUUUGUGAGGAACCAUUCGAAGAGAGAAUUGUUAAAAACGAUGACAACGAUGACAGCGACGACAACGUCGAAGAUCAAAAUGAAGAUGUGCCAGCACCUAGCGUUUUGGAGGCAUUAAAGGCUGCGGAAAUACUGAAUAGAUUUGUCCAUUCAAAUUUUAAUGACGAGAUUUUAACGCACAGCAUCUCUCUUUUAAAUAAUGCUGUGCGCUACUGUUAUUAUAAGUCAAAAACUGAUUAUUUAAAUUAAGAAUAACAAGAAAAACUACAUAUAGAAAUUAAUCUUGUUAUAUUAUGUUUAUGAAUAUCCAUUAAAUGUAUACGACUUAUUGUGAAAAACCCAUGUUAUUGAAAUUAAUUUUUUAAUUUUUUUGUUUAGAUUGAAAAAUACAUUUGGUUUAUUUAAAACCUAUAACGAACAUGGCAACCCUAAAAUACACAACACAAAUUUUUUUGCUCCUUUUGGAGCGUCUUCCGGGUACAAAGACGUAAAAUCGUUUGGGUCCCUUAAAAGUCGCUAUAACCGGAUUCUACUGUAUAUGAAUUUAAAAAGCAAUUUGCAUAAAAAAGUAUAUGUAUAUAAUACAACACAUUUUUAAAUCUAUUUGAAAUUAAAUAAAAAUUAAUUAAUUUUAUUAUUAUUAUACGUCUUAAACAAUAGUCCAAUAGACCACUAAGCUAUCAAC